AUGGGAACGCAACCGAACGGUAGUGGAUCACAGGGACCUCCCUAUCACCCACGUCAAGAAAUCGACAGCACUGAGGAAGACUACGCCGAUAGUCAUUUCACGGAAGGUGAAGACGAGUCUCCCGAAGAGGACGAGAGCGUCGCCGAUUCCAGAUACGGAGUUCAGUCUCGCUACUACCCGCAACAAUACGCCGAACACGAAGACUUUCUUCCCACUCCCCAAUCAAACUACGCACCUAUCCAUUAUCCGACGGCGCGAUAUACGCCGUCUUCUCAGUCCAGUCUGGAUCACUCAGAGGAGGCUGGCCAUUACGGCGGCCAGUACCCAACGCAAGGCCGCAACUAUCGUCGCACUUCGUUACAGUACCCUCCACGUACUGGAAGUUAUGGAUACGUUGCUGCGCCGCAGGUGCCGGCAGGAUAUGGGCAGCCCAACCCAUUUCAUUCGGGGCACGGCCACGGCCCUAGCGGAAGAAGUUACUACCCUCAGGAUCAGAUGCCCAUGUAUGGUCAUGACAUGAUGCACUACCCAAAUUACUACAACAGACCUCCUCCCAAUGCCGCUGCCUUACCAGCAUAUAUGCAGCAGUUCCAUAUUUCUUCGCCUCCCGGCCCGAUGAUGGACCAACAGAGAAAUGCUUUGGUUCCAACUAAUGAGCCACCAGCACCCGACCCUGAGAAGCAAAGACUGCAGGCCGAAAUCGACCGUAUGAUAGCCGAGCGCGAAGCAACCAAGGACGCUGAGCGUCGACGUGAAAUGGAGGCUAAGAUGAAGCAAGAAGCUAACGAAGAGGCUCAACGGAGGCUAGACGAGCAUCGCAAGGAGCUAGAACUUGCCAAGAUUGAAGCAGAGCGCAACGCCCGUCAAAUCAUUGAAAAUGAACGAAAAGCCGAAGAGCAACGAGCUAAGCAGCAGGCUGAAGCGCUUCGACAAGCUGAGGAGAAAGCGAGAUUGAAGUUUGAGGCUGAGCUUAAGGCUGCCGAGACCAAGAGAAAGCGCGAGGAAGAAGAUCGUAAGCGGGCUGAGGAGCAAGCUAAAAUCCGACUCGAAGCUGCUAUCCGUGCCGAAGCUGAACUAAGAGCAGCUGCUGAAAAGAAGGCCAAGGAUGAUGCCGAGCGACAAAAGGCUUUUGAAGAUGAAGCCAAGCGCAAGGCCGAGGCUGCCGCGCAAGCCAAAGUAGAGGCAGAAAAGGAGGCAGCCAAAAAGAAGAAGGAGGCAGAGGAGGAGGCUAAAAAGGAACACGAAGCUCUGACCAAAAGAAUCCAAGAUGAAACAAGAGCCAAGUUGGAGGAGGCCGCGCGAGGAGGCAAUAACAAAGCUACAAUUAAGUUCAAGGACGCUAUUGGACGUAAAUUUAGCUUCCCGUUCCAUUUGUGCGCGCGAUGGCAGGGUAUGGAAGAACUCAUUAAACAAGCGUUCAACCAUGAACCAGUGCUUGGGCGUCAUGUCCGUGAAGGCUGGUACGACUUGACUGGCCCUGAUGGAGAGAUUAUCCUCCCGGUAGUUUGGGAAAAAACAAUUCAGCCUGACUGGUCGAUAACAAUGACAAUGUGGCCUCAAGCCCGAAUGGCUAGCGUUGGACGAGGAUUCCCUAUGCCCGUACCCCCAGGCUUCGUUGGUAAGGGUGGUGCCAUGUCAGGCGGCAUCCCCCCCGGCAUUCGAGUUGUCGAUGCCGGUAAACCCAGUGGAAGCAAAGGAAAAGACAAAGGCAGCAGCAGUAAAAAGAGCGGCUUUGGUGGCCUCUUUGGUCCUAAGCCCAAGAAAAAGAAGAAGUAG